GUAUUGCCCGCGCCAUCAGCAUUUGGUGCGUUUCCAACAGCGUGCUUUGGGAGGGGUUUGUGUCGGCGAAAGAGAUCUCCCAGAUGCGUUCUGCACUCCUAGAGGCGGCGCCCGAGCUACGGAAGGAGCCCGCCAAUUCUUGGAUCCUCAACCUGCAUAGUUCUUUGCAGCACGAUGAGCAGCAGUUGGUCUUUCGGCGAGCUCCGGGCAGCGUGCGGAAAAUCAUUUUGGCCACGAACAUCGCCGAGACGAGCAUCACCAUUGACGAUGUGGGCGUGGUCAUUGACACAGGGCACGUGAAAGAGCUUCGCUAUGAUAGCGGUCGUCGGGUGGCAAGCCUGCAGGAUGUCUUUGAGUGUCGCUCCAGCGCGUUGCAGCGCCGCGGGCGUGCGGGGCGCGUGGCACCAGGUGUUUGCGUGCAUUUGGUCACCAAGUACUGCCACAAUCAGCUGAUGGAAGAGCAUCAAGAGCCUGAGGUGUGCCGAGUUCCCUUGGAAGAACUACUCCUACGGAUCCACGCCGCAGGUCUGCCAGACUUCUUCGACACGACCAUGGAGAUCUGCCAGGCCUUGUUGGAUCCUCCAGAGGAGACGGCGGUACAAAGCGCUCUUAAGCGGCUCAUCAGCCUGGGCCUCUUGACACCUGCUGGCGCCGGGCCACGCGCCACGCGCGCCACGCAGCUCAGCUCCUUGGGUCGUCGGGCGCUGCCGCUGCCGCUGGCGCCGCGCCACGCGAAGCUGGCGCUGCUGGGCUGCGCCUUGGGGCCACGCUGCCGCGAGGUUGCCGUGUCGGCGGCGGCUGCGUUGAAUGCCGCCAGCUGGCCCUUCCAGCCAGGCGCGCCUUGCAGCGCUUCCUUCGAUGAAGGCCGUCGCUUCGAAGCCCGCCGCGUGCACCGGGCCAUCGCGGAGGAGGUCUCCUCACAACUCGCUUGCUCGGACCUGCUGGGAGCGCUGCGGGCCUUCGGCGAGUGGCGCGCGGAGCGCCCCGCGGAGCAGCGCCGUGCCGCGGAGGCCUGGCAUCUCCGGAGCUCAGCGCUGCAGGAGAUCGAUGAGUCACGUUUACAGCUGUUAGAGAUGCUGGAGCCUUUGGGACGAGACACGAGGCACUGUGGCUUGGGCGGUUCGAACGGAGAAUUAGCACCCUGCCUGGCUGGACUUCUUUGUGCUGCAUCCUUUCCACAGCUGGCGUUAGCCAUUCCCAAGGAGACGCUUUCCUCGCGGAUGGGUACAGGGGCAGUGCUGUCGGAGCUCUUCGUACACGAGAAGGGUACCUUGGUGCCAGUGCAGGUGCACCCAUCUUCCAUAUCAGCAAAGGAAAAGAUCUUCGGAACCCCGUUCGUUCUCUAUGAGGAGUUGAUUGAGACAACACGGCUCUAUGUGCGCUGCAUCACCUGCAUACCACCCUUGACUUUGCUUUUGUUCGGCGGCCUGCUCUCAGAGUCCGAGCAGCUGAAGAGCAAUCCCUUGGGGGAAGAGGCCUUUUUGCAGCUGGGCUCAUUCAAGUGGAUUCUUCCGAAGGAGCUUUCGGACCAGAUUCUGGAGAUUCGACGUUUGCUCGAAGGCUUCCUCCAAGCUUGGAUGCUUGGAGCAUCCGAACUCUCCGAGGACUUGGAGAAGGCCCUCUUGGAGGUCUUGAGGGUCAGCUACUUUGCGUCAGAAGCUUGCAACUGCGACUAA